AUGGUGUAUCCUCCUUUUAUUAGCACCAACUCGACUGCAAUCCAGAUCAGCAAUAGUUGGCCCAGUAUUACUAGCAUUCGCAAGAUCGUAAUUUUCGGUGACUCGUAUAGCUCGGUAGGAUAUCAGGGAAAAGGUGGCGAUACAGCACCGCGCGCUGCAAAACCACUUGGAGUGGAUUUUCCGGGAUAUCCUCUUCAAAUGUGGAAUGAGGAAGGGGCUCCGAACUGGGUCGGCCAUCUGAUUACCAAGUACAUGCCAGAACCACGAUAUAAACCAAAUUUAGAUGGACAAGACGAAGGUUAUGCGGAAAAUCCAAUACUCGUUUAUGAUUAUGCUGUCGGAGGCGCCACUAUCGAUGGAGUCAAGGUUCAGGUGGAAACGUUCUUUCUAGGGCAAGCUGGCGUUGGGACUAAUCCAGACUGGGCACGUUGGUCUUCGGAAGAGACCCUCUUUGUGACCUGGGUCGGUAUAAACGACUGCGCUUGGAGUACAAAGCAUGUCGAAGCCAUGGCAAAACUGUAUAAUCUACAAGAGCAACUUUACAACGCUGGUGCACGAAAUUUUCUCUUCAUCGAUGUGCCUCCCAUCGCCAGAUCACCGGCAGUUCCUACAGAUAGAGCAGAAGAAGCCAGCAAAACAUAUCUUGACUGGAAUAACGGCCUGCGUUCUGGUGUUGUUCCAUUUGCUCAGUCUCAUACUGAUGCAUCUGUUCUUCUGUUCUCUGCUCAUGCGACGUUCAAUAACUUCUUGGACAACUAUCAUAAAUAUGGUUUCACGCAGGAUGAUCUUCGUACACCAUUCCGAGGAAUCUGGUGUGAUCAUUUGCACCCCACGUCUAAGGUCCAUGAUGUCUUCGCCUUCGAUCUGUACAAUUUUUUAUCUAGCGUUGCACGAAAGCCAUAG